AAGUUAAUGUAGUCGUGUUGGUUCGGUUAAAAAUAUCCAAUUAUCUAUAUCUAUCUUCCACACCACUUGAAAGAAGAACCUAACCAAUGGCGUUUACGGUUUCUCUCGCAGGCCACAUCCAUGGAGCCACUCAAUGCAAAAACAUCCUCCCACCUUCGUCAUCUCUAUGUAAACUAAGCUCCAGUGUCAAUGUAGUUGACAUGAGAUUAGUAUCCCGGCGUGGACUACAAAAAGUUGGAUCUGGUCAUAGAUGUUUCCGAGUCCAUGCUCUUUUCGGAGGGAAAAAAGAUAAUGAGGGUCCAGCAGGAAUGCCCGGAAACAUGCUAAAUCUGUUUGAGGCUGUGAAGAAGGCGCAAGCGGUUGUCCAAGUUGAAUCAGGCAGAAUACAGAAAGAACUUGCAGCAGCAGAGUUUGAUGGCUACUGUGAGGGUGAGUUAAUAAAGGUGACACUAUCAGGCAAUCAACAACCAGUAAGAACACAAAUCACCGAGGCUGCUAUGGAAUUGGGAUCCGAAAAAGUUUCACUUUUAGUCACAGAGGCUUACAAGGAUGCACACCAGAAGAGUGUCAAGGCCAUGAAGGAAAGGAUGAGUGAUAUUGCUCAGAGCUUAGGAAUGCCACCGGGUUUUGGUGACGCAAUGAAAUGAUGACAGUGGAGAAUGGAACAUCAAUUUUGCAUAGAAAACCAUUUCAUGAAUUCAUAUUUUCUCUCCUUUACUGUGAUUAAGGGUUUGAUACUUUUUUCUAAUGGAAGCUUUAAUAAGUGGUUCAAGCUUUCAAAUUGUAAUAUUGAGGAAUGGUUUUUUUUCUGCAUUUAUUUAUCAAAUUUGCAAUAUUUUCAUUGUUUAUUAUGAGCAUAUUUUUGUUAA